AGUAGAUUGGCCUCGUCCAAUGCAUCAUUGAAGAAUCUUGUUCGUUCAGCUGGGAAAGAGGUUUGAAUCUUGAACACCAGAAGUCCGACUAGCACCUCACUCGAUUGUUCAGACCGACAUCAUCAUGUCCUCCCGAGAUCCGGCGAGAGCCUCCCGAUUUCAGUCGCCAUUUCCUCGACGCCCUUGGGAGGAUCAGCGCCAUGGUUCCCCUUACAUGGCGGCGGGUGCGGGGGGUGCCACCAACUCCUCUCUGAAAGGUAUUAUAGUGGGGGGCAUCACGGGCGGCAUUGAAAUCUGUAUUACUUAUCCCACGGAAUAUGUCAAGACUCAGUUACAAUUGGACGAGAAAGUGGGCAAGUACAAGGGGAUUGUGGACUGUACCCAGCAAACGGUCAAGGAAAGAGGCUUGGGUGGUCUCUACCGGGGUCUGUCCGUGCUCUUGUAUGGGUCCAUCCCCAAAUCCGCCGUUCGCUUCGGGGCUUUCGAGCAGUUUAAGGGCCUGAUGGCGGCGCCCGACGGAUCCUUGUCCUUGGGAGCCAAGAUGUUGUGCGGUUUGGGAGCCGGCGUGAGUGAGGCUGUCCUAGUCGUGACCCCAAUGGAAACGGUCAAGGUGAAGUUCAUCAAUGACCAACGCUCGGCCAACCCCAAAUUCCGAGGCUUCUUCCAUGGCGUGAAACAUAUCAUUGCCGAGAAGGGGAUUCGGGGCACCUAUCAAGGGGUAACGGCCACCAUCAUGAAACAGGGCAGCAAUCAGUUGAUCAGGUUCUCGGUGGUGGAGUGUCUCAAGGAUUGGUACACGGGCUAUGACACGGCCAAGCGUAAGGAUAUCCCGCUGUAUGUGACGGGAGCGAUUGGAGCCUUUGCCGGAGCCUGUUCGGUGUUGGGUAAUACUCCGUUGGAUGUGGUUAAGACCCGAAUGCAAGGCCUGGAUGCUCAAAAAUAUAAGAACACGUGGGAUUGUGCCAAACAGAUUUGGUACAACGAAGGGGCCAGGGCCUUCUACAAAGGGACCAUUCCCCGCAUGAGCCGGGUCUGCUUGGAUGUGGGCAUCACAUUCGUCAUCUACGACUCGUUCAUGAUCUACUUCAACAAGAUUUGGCCUUAAGACUUGCCAUCGACCACCGCGAGAAUGAAUGGAUAUAGGCUUGUAAAAAUUUGUAGUGUGUUCUAUUUAUCAUCUCCUAACUGUUUAUGACCGUGCCACUGGGUACGUACCGUUUGUACACUGACCUAAUGCGCAUUUAUGGAUCAAAAUUAUAUCAAAUAUACGGCUUUUGUUGUCAA